UAAAUUCUGGAUAUAUAUAAAUUAUUAUAAUUAUGAAUAUUAAAUAAAUACAUAGUAUAAGAAGUUUUGAAAAUUUGAAAUUUUGAAAUAAAAGAGUGUCAAAAGUGGCAAUAAUUAUACUGCAGAUUGAUUUAUUAGAGACUACUUUAACAAUAAGAUACUCAAAACUAAAUUUGAAUUCAAAAAAAUGUUAACUUUGAAUUCUAAGUCUCCAACUGUUGAAAACAAAUUAUCUCCUGAAAUUAAUACAGUAUCUACUUCUGACAAAAAAAAAAUCACUCCAUCAAAAAUAAUAAAGACAAACGUUGGCAAAAGACCUGGCCCAAAAUCUAAAACAUGUGUGCCGCAGUUAAAAAUUGAAAAAAUGACUUCAAAUCUACAAAACAAAAAUGAAAUAAAUUCAGAACAAGUAGAUAGUAUCAAUGUUGGUACAAAUUCCAAGGAUUCAAAAAUAUUGUUAUUAAAUGCAAGUAAUGCUGAUAACACUGAAACUAUUGAAGCAGAAUCCAAGAAAAUUGAUACUAAUACAGCUCAACUAAACGAGGUCGGAAUUAUAGAUUUAAUUCCAUCUCAUAACAAUGAAACUAUUAUUAAAAUAGAUUCUAGUGCUAGUACAAAUGAAAAUAAAGACAGAAUAACGUCUAUACCAACUGAUAGUGUUAUAGUAAAAAUAGAAAGUAAUGAAAUAAAACAAACUACUAUAUUAAAUAAUUUUGAUACUGGUGAAAAAUUAGAAAACUUAGAAGAAUGUUCAAUAAGUCCCAAUCAUUUAAAUGAAGAAAAAAAUGAGAAUAUUAUUAUUAGAGAAAAAAAAGUUGCACCAGAACAUAAAAAUGAGGAAGAUAAUAUACAAGAUGAAGAAUUAGAUCAUGAAAUAUAUGAAGAAUUGGAUCACGAAGUUGAUGAAGAAGAAAUAAAUGAGAUUAGUGAUAGCUUUAAUCAAACUCAUUAUACAGUGAAAUCUGUUCAAGAACAUAACAAAGAUGAUAAUAAUGAAGAUUCUAUUAACUUGACGAUUGGAGAAGAUGAUAUUAAAUUAUUUGCUGAUGAGGAAGAUACAAACAUUGAAAAAGAUGACGAAGUGAUCGAGAACCAUAACAAAGAAGAAACUGCAUUGAUCAAACAGCGUGAAUCUUGCCAUCCAAUUACUGCUAGUAGCAGAUCUACAACUGGUUUGGUCAAAAGCCGUCGCAGUGCGACUGAGAAACGAUCGUCUGUUGGGGAUAAACCACGUAGCAAUCGCAAAGAGGACAUCAGCAAUGUGAAACCUAUCGUCAAUGUGCCCAAAGAUGAGAAGAAAGAAGUGGAGAAACAAGUUAAAGAUAAAGCGGAAGCAGGCAAUAAGCAGAGUAUUGAUUCAAAGGCUCAACAAAUAUCAAAUGACAUAUCAAAGAAAAACAAUUUGUCCUUGGUACGCAACAUUUGGGUUAGUGGCUUAUCGUCAAGUACUAAAGCUACUGAUUUAAAACAACUUUUUUCAAAAUAUGGAAAGGUGGUUGGCGCAAAAGUUGUGACAAAUGCUAAAACUCCUGGAGCUCGUUGUUACGGUUUUGUUACAUUAUCCUCAGCGGAAGAUGCUAAUCGUAGUAUCGAAAAUUUACACAAGACUGAACUUCAUGGACGUGUUAUUAGUGUUGAACGAGCCAAACGUGACAAUGGUUAUCAAGUAACAGCAAAAAGUUCUGAUUCAUUUAAAAUUAAUGAAAAUACUGAAAAUCUUAAGACAAAAAACAAUGAGGAAAAGAAAGAUAAACGAGAAGAAAAAAGAGAAAAGAGACCUGAAAUUACAAUUAAUGAUGUUAAAAAACCAGACAUGUCAACUCUUAAGCGUGUAUCAAAAGAUCAAAAUCAAGAUCCAAAACGUUCUAAAAUAGUGAUUGAAAGUGAUGAAUGUGGAAAAGACAGAAGCAUUAAAAGUAAAAGCAAUGAACGCGAUAAAGAAAGAAUUAGAGAAUUAGAACGAGAAAGAGAAUAUUUAGAAAGAGAAAAAAGAAAACAGAAGGAGAUAUUAAACUUAACAAAAAUAAAAACUGAACGUGAAAGACUAAAACAAAAGGAACACGAGAGAGCGAUGAGAGAAGAAGAACGCAAGAGAGGUAUUGAAAAAGAACGCCAAUUAGAAAUUGAAAGAAAGCAAAAAGAAGAAGCAAUUCGCCUAGAAAAAGAAAGACAGAAACUUCGAAUUGAGCGUGAAAGAAUUGAAAAAGAAAAAUCUGAACUAUUGCGUUUGGAGCGUGAAAAUCAACGCUUAGAACGUGAAAGAUUACAAAGAGAAAAGGAAGAAUUACGUAGAGCACAAGAAAAAUUAGAAGAAACAAAGCGCCAAGCAUUACUAAAGCGUGCUAUGCCUCCAUCUCCACCACUUCCUAGUAAAAGACAUUCUUCAUCAAAUUCAUCUCGAUAUGAAGAAAGAAAAGAACCAAUUCGUAGUUCUCGUAUCCAGCCUAGUACAGACUAUAUGAACCAAGCCCCUCCACCUCCUAACAUAACAUCAUCAAGACAUCGCUAUGAACAGCAUUCGUCAGAUUCUCGUCGUAUGAGGCCAUCACCACCAUCUCCUCCACCGCCUGCAUCAAGACCUAAAGACUCUACUGUUAAUAUCAGAUAUGGUAGUGCUCAACUACCCAUAGAUCAUCAUUACAGAAGUCGUGAUGAUCGGUCAGAUCGAAGAGAUGAAUCUCGUAGAAAAGAUUCAAGUAGUGGAAGUAUUAACAGACAUGCUCAUGUAUCAUAUGAUCCAAACAAAAGUUCCUAUGGAGGAAUAUCACGCAAUAAUGAAAGUAAUAGCUGGUCAUCAGGCGCAGUAAAGAAUUCUUAUGGCACAGUUGGGUCAAGCUCUGGAACUAAUAAUAUGGUUGUAAGUUCAAGACCAGAUCCAUGGUCACAUAAUACUUUUCGAGAUAUGGAUUCAAGUAUUUGGCAACGUCCAAGUCAACCACUACCUGAGAAGUGGAACAGUACAUCAGGCAAUCCUUCAUCUAUGUCAACAAGUGGACGUAGUUCUGGUACUUACGCUUUGUAUGGUAAUAACCAUCAAGUUAUACCAAAUUUGGAGUUAAACAUGCCAACAAACUACAGUGAUAGUAGAUUUGACAGUUAUAAAAUGAGUGGCAUGUCACGCAAAUAUUGAACUGUUGAAUACCUGGCAGUUAAUCAUAGCACAAAACAUUCUUUCGUGUUUCGUGUUUUUUGUUUUUUUGUUUUUCUUUUGAACAGUGGUUAGAGGAAUAUGAUCCCUUAAUUGUUCUAUUUUUAUUUAUUGAUUAAAGUGAUUUAAUUUCAUUGCACUUUUCAUACACUUGUUAUUUAUUCAGUUAUAAAAAUUAUUUGAUUUUUGGUUGAAUGUAAUUUCAAGGUUAUUUUAUUGUAUAAAUUAUAGUUAAUUGCUCGUGUAUUUCAAUUUCACAAAUGCUAUAUUAUCCAUUAUAUUUAAAUGUCAAUAAUUUAUUUACUAUCUCAUCCCUACUAUUAUUAAACUUUUUGUUUGUUUGUUAUUGUUUUUUUUUUUUUUGCCUGCAAAUAUGUCAAUACUAUAAGACAAUUAAUUAUAAAACUGUUAAACCAAUGCAAUUCUGUCAACAAAAAUCAAUGUUAUUCAAUGUGUGUAAGUUAACUUUGCUCUGUUUUUAAUGAUACUGCCUCAGGGGUUCUUGAUGUAAUUUAACCAGUUGAUCUUUAUUAAACAUGGGUACAUAUGGACCUUAAAGUAAACA